UGUUUUGAAGCAAAGAAUUACAUUAGGUCUUGAAAUGCCAACGUUUACAUUACAGAGUAGUGUUUCAUACAAGAGAGGCCUUUAUGCAUAGGUUUUUUUUGUGAAAUAGUCCCAUUAAAAGGCAUCACAAUAGAAGAAGCGACAACCAAGCCAUCAAGGCAGUUAUCAAAGUGACAUCAAUAAAUAUGCAACCAAAAGAUGACAGUGAGUGCGCACACUGCCUGCACACAUAGGAGGCUCCCGUGUUAGAACUGGAGCAAGGCUGAUCUCAUCCAUUUCAGUGUGGAAUAGCUCGUAAUUAACAUCUCAUUUGCAAAUGCAAUGGAAGAGGACAAGGCUGCAGAGGAGCAGGGUAUCCUACGGCUGAACGUGCGAGGAUGUCUGUACACUGCCAGGCGCCAGUCCCUGUGCCGCUUUAAGGACUCCAUGCUAGCUUCUAUGUUUAGUGGACGCUUUCCUCUAAAAAUGGACGAGUCUGGAGCCUGUCUGAUUGAUCGAGAUGGAAGUUUGUUUAAAUAUCUUUUGGAUUAUCUUCAUGGAGAAGUGCGGAUUCCUGAAGAUAAACAGAUUCAAAUUGCAUUGCAGGAGGAAGCAGAUUAUUUUGGCAUCCCUUAUCCAUACAGUCUGUCUGACCAUUUGGCCAAUGAAAUGGAGACAUAUUCUUUAAGGUCAAAUGUAGAGCUUAAGAAGGCUUUGUUGGAUUUUUGUGAUUCUUACAAUUUAAUCUGCACCAAGCCUACAGUUUGGGUCCUGCACUAUCUCAGCACUUCUGGGGCAAGCUGUGAGAGUAAAAUUAUUGGUGUGUAUGCCACAAGGGCUGAUGGGACUGAUGCAAUUAAAAAGGAGCUAGGAACAAAAAUUCACAAUAAAAGCAUCUACAAAAGAGAAGCUGGAAAUAAUGUCCAAUACAUCUGGAGCUAUUACUCUGAAGCUGAACUGAAAAAGAUGAUGGAUGCUUUCGGCACCUGGGAAGGAAGAGGUGUCAGCUACUGGAGAGUGCCACAGGAGCUCAUUGAAUGCUGGACUCUUGAAGAGCGCUCUCUGAAAGGCAGUUUGCAUCAUAUGCCUCCAGUUCAUAAAAGACGCUUAAUUGAUUUCUCUGAAGUAGAAGACUACAUACCAUGCAAAGUGGGCCCCAAGCCAAUUAGAUUCUCAGGUCCCUCAACAAGUACACAUAUCAAAGUCAAGAAUUCAGCUUCAUUAAAGGUAGCUGCUUGCAACACUUCACAUUCUGCAGUAACUCUUAAACGACCAAAUAGUGAAAGUUUGAUACUGCACAAAGCAGCUUCUAAAACUGUGUCCACAGCAUGUAUGCCAGAGUCCAGCAAUUCCCAGGUGCCCCAUGGAAAGCAGAGUGCUGAUGACGAAGCAUCAUGUCAAAUGACUUUCAACACUUCAGAAUCUAGAAAACCCGUAAGCAGCCGUGCAGUAAAGCUGAAGCGAACUCCACUUUUUCUCAUGAUACCUUCUCAGUCAUCAUCUGGCUCCAGUAAAACAAGUGAACAGAACAAAGCUGCUGCUGAAAUUCCUACUACUUCAACAGUACUAAACAAGAAAGAACCAGCUGUGUUAGCAGAGAGCAAUAAGCUUAAGAGUAAUAAAGUGGAUGGAUAACAUUGGACUCAGCCUGACUGUGUAGCUUGGGAACAUCUGGUCUAAGAACAGCUCAUCAUCUCAUGUUGUUACUUAUUCAAGGAUUUGGUAGAAUAUCAUGGUGAAGAUAGAGAAGAGUUAGUGAAGAGCAGAGGGAGAAAUGAAGUGUAUUUUCUGAUUUUAUUUCUAAGUAUUUUUUAGAAGUCGGGAGGAAGAAACAUGGCUAAAAAAAGCUCUAAAACACACAGCAUGCUUCAUAUUAUAGUGUCUCAUUCAUAUUUGUGUCAGGCUGUACUACUGACCUUUUAAAAGGAAUACAUGCACAGCACAGAAGACAACAUGCUUAUCAAAUUCAGUUACAGUUAAUUUCCUUAGUCCAUAUAUUUCAAGUAGGGGAAAAAUAGUAACAAUGAAUACCAGUUAUUAGAUUCAAAUUUGUCACAAGUGUGCAAUAUAGUGAGUACUGUAAAGAGUUUAUUUUAAGCUGAAUGCACAAAUACUGGUACUUGCAGUGAGGAGAGGUUACCAUUUUAUUAUUGGUAGCAAUUAAAGGGACCAUCUUUACAUGUACAAAGAAAAUUGAUAAACAGGAAGGAAGAGCAUGACUAGGGAAUAAUAAGGCAGUUUUUCCUUAAACCUGAGACAUAUGUACACUGGUUUCCUACUUAUCCUUCCUGUCCUUGUACUAGGGUGCAUUAUGAGCAACGAUACUGAAGAUCUCCUGUAUGUUUCUACCAGCAAAGGAAAGCAGAAUUUGGCUCACUUUUUAAAAAGUCCUUUUGGUUGUUUAAACCAAUGCUGUUUAAGUUUCCCAAAUUUGGCUUCAUUUUGUGCAAUUGUUUGUGUAUGGUUGGGUACUGCUUUGUUGUUGCUAAUAAUUCUGCAACACAGUAAAUACAGCUGGCUUUAGAUGUUGCGAAGUCCUAUUGCAUUGCCAAAAUGAAAUAUUCUUACAA